AUGGAACUUCUGCCUGCCUACUCCACAAUUGCCUUGAUCGCUGAUCAAGAACCCAAGGAUGAAGUGGACCCUUGGGAUAUGCCAGUGCUCCAGAACACUGGGGUCAGGUGGUCAGAACUGGAUGGGAAAGGCAAAGUGCUGUGCGUGUCAAAAGGGAUAGGGAAGUUGAUUCUCCUGCUGGGGCUCCUCUACUUUUUUGUCUGCUCCUUGGAUGUACUCAGCUCAGCCUUCCAGUUAGUAGGAGGUAAAGCCGCAGGAGACAUUUUCAAAGAUGGUUCCGUGUUGUCCAACCCUGUCGCAGGACUCGUGAUUGGCGUUCUGGUGACCGUCAUGGUCCAGAGCUCUAGCACCUCCUCCUCCAUCAUCGUCAGUAUGGUGGCCUCUUCCCUACUGAGCGUUCCACUCGCAAUUCCAAUCAUCAUGGGAGCCAAUAUUGGAACCUCGGUCACCAACACUAUUGUGGCGCUCAUGCAAGCCGGAGAUCGGAAUGAAUUUAGAAGGGCGUUUGCUGGGGCAACGGUUCACGACUUCUUUAACUGGCUCUCCGUGUUUGUGCUGCUGCCCCUUGAGAUCGCCUCAGGUUACCUGUAUCGUCUUACCAAUGUCAUUGUCGAGUCCUUUCAUCUCGAAAGCGGAGAGAGUGCCCCUGAGCUGCUGAAGGUCAUCACCGAUCCUUUUACGAAGCUUAUUGUCCAGCUUGAUAAAUCAGUGAUCAGUGCAAUUGCUACGGGUGACAAAUCAGCAAGCAACAAAAGCCUCGUGAAAACUUGGUGUAAAACAAAAACUAGCCUGAUUGCACAAAACGUUACCGUCCCUUCGCCUGAGAACUGCACAUCUCCAGAUCUUUGCUGGCUUGAUGGAAACUCAACCUGGACUCUCAAAAAUUACUCUAACACAGAGUAUAUUAAAAAAUGCAAUCAUAUUUUUGCAGGAACAACCCUUUAUGAUUCAGCUGUUGGGAUCAUCCUCCUUGCAUUAUCCUUGCUCGUACUGUGCACGUGUUUGGUACUGAUAGUUAAGCUGCUGAAUUCCGUACUCAAAGGACAAGUGGCAAGUGUUAUCAAGAAGACACUCAACACUGAUUUCCCGUUUCCAUUUUCUUGGCUCACGGGAUACCUGGCUAUGCUAGUGGGAGCUGGCAUGACUUUUAUCGUUCAGAGCAGUUCAGUCUUUACAUCGGCAAUUACUCCACUUGUUGGAAUUGGUGUUAUCAGCAUUGAGCGUGCCUACCCCCUCACUCUGGGAUCCAACAUUGGCACCACCACGACAGCCAUUCUUGCGGCUUUGGCGAGUCCAGGAAGCACAUUAAAGUAUUCCUUACAGAUCGCCCUGUGCCACUUUUUCUUCAACAUUUCUGGGAUCAUCCUUUGGUACCCGAUCCCUUUCAUGCGCCUCCCCAUCCGCUUGGCCAAAGGCUUGGGGAACAUCACAGCCAAGUACAGGUGGUUUGCCAUUUUCUACCUUCUUGUCUGCUUCCUCCUCGUUCCUUUACUGGUCUUUGCCCUGUCAAUGGCCGGCUGGCAGUACCUGGUGGGCAUCUGCGUCCCCAUCUUGGCUCUCUUGGUCGUGGUCUUCGUCGUCAACGUGCUGCAAGCCAAACAGCCCCACUGGCUGCCUCAGACGUUCCGGAGCUGGGACUUCCUCCCCAAAUGGAUGCACUCCUUGCGGCCUUGGGAUAACGUCAUCACGUCCAUGACAUCUGCGUGCGGGAGAUGCUGCUGCUGCUGCAAGUGUUGUCGAGGCGGGGAUGCUGACCCUGCGGCAAAAGAAAAGCCGACCAAAGCCACGCAAGGGCACGACAACCCAGUUUCGUUGGCGGACGAAGAGAACGACCUUACGGCAGAUAAAACGAAGCAAAUUGAUUCGAGUGUCACGGCUUUAUAGCCGGGGGGGGCUGCGCCACAAGGGCUGAGAACCUAAUAGCUGAUGGGGGGGGGGACAUAAGAGGCAGGGAGAAAGUGGAGGCAGGAAAUGUACGCUGGGUUUCUGCAUCCGGUGAACAGAAUGCUUGACAUCGGCGACAGCCAACCUUUGGGGCAAGAAUGCAAGCCCGGACUGUGAGAGCCAUACUGAGUGUCUAUGCAGCCCCAGGU